GUUGGGGUGGCGAGGCCUGGGGUGGAGGAGGGACGACGGGGAGCCGGGCUGGAGUGAAGCACGAGGGCGGCGUGUGAAGUCGGGGGAGAGGGCGAGUGGGAAAGGAGGACGUGGCAGUAAAGUCUCCUUGUCCCGCCUGAUCCCGUCCUGGUGUUGAACUGCGGGGACCCAAGGUUGUUACCCUGGCAGCGCGGGAGUUGCAAAUAGGCAGGUGGCUGCAUUUUUCCGGGAAGAUAAGCUCCCUCUCCUCCCAGCCUUCUCAUUAGCGGCGCUUUUUUAAAAGUUGUGGUUCUUUUUACCGCAGUAUCGUGUGCGUCACAGUGACACCUUCACCCGUAGAAAAUCUCUUCCAGCCGCUUUUGUCAUCUUGAGACUCAAACCCUCUCUUUUACCUGUCCCUCUUAAAGCAGAGAAAGUAAACGUUUUCCUACCCAAACCCCGCAGUGAAAAAUAGGAAAUUACCUGUCUCAACAGUUGUAGGGUAUUUAAAUAAUUUCUUCAUGAACUUGUCUACAAAUUCACUUUUUGUGCUCCUUAAAUAAUGUCACUUGCCUGCGUAAAGUGGAACAGCAGUUGUGUUGUGCCAUGCGGUGCUCAAUGAGAAAUUUUAGUCCAGGGAGAUGAAAAUACUUCAUUGGGAAUUCAGGGAUUGAACAACUAUGGUGACUCUGACCCAUGCCAUGUAACCCUCACGAAAAGGAUUUGGGUUCAUAUCCAUCAUUCUCAGCUGUGGUGAAGGGGUGCAGUCUGGCAUUUGGAAGCUUAAGAACCAACUCUGUUGCCUUCUAAUUUAUUAUUAUUUUUUAAGCCUUCCAUCAUGUGUGUACUUUGCUUGAAUGAUUAUUUUAAAGUACAUGUGCUAUUUUUGCCAAUCUGACAGCUGUUUCCAUAGAAACUAGGGAAGAAAUAGUCACUUUCAGAAGAGUUGUUAAAACUGUCUUCCAGGCUUCAGCUGUGAGUGCCAGUGAGCGCUGUACUUGCUCAUUCUGAGAUGGUACUUAAAGAAUUAAGGAUCUGAAAUGUUCGUAGAGGCUAACAGUCCAAAUUGUUUAGUUUUCUCACAUCAUUAAUUUAGUAAUCCUGGAAGUCUGGCAGCUAUGUUUGUUGACCCGCUACAGUUCUUUGAAGAGAAUGUGUCAGCCCUGAUUCUUUCUUCUGCUCUGUGUAGUCUAGUGAUUGGAUCUUUGAAAAUGUAUAGUUUUCUUCUCAUAUUCUUUACCCUUUCUUAAGGAUACAGCAGGGAUUACAAAAUAUCAGGCACUAUUUCUGUUUCAAGUGACACUUGUAGGUGAUAUAAAUGAUAGCGUUUUUGCUUAUAUAUGUACUACAUACAGUGUUUGGGGCUUUUGCUAACUUCUGUGUCAGUAGAAUACUUUAAAUUUCACGUUAGUUGUGAGCUGUGAGGAGUUUGCUUGACGUGUGAACAGAGCUAAGCAGUGUAAAUAGACCUGCACAGACAGAUGAGAGCUUUUCUUUUCUGAGAGGUGUAAGUAAAUCAGUGGGUCUGGAGCUUCGGAAUGGGUGAAGGAGGGGUAAGGAAGGUGCCUGGAGAAACAGUGGGAGGUGGUAUUAUGAGGGGCUUGGUCUGCAAUAUGCUGUUUAUUGAAGCCCAUGGAAAUCAAUGGUAAUUACAAAUAUAGUUGCCUUUAUUGAUUUGGAGCUUACAAAAGUAAUAACAUAUCCUGUAAAAGUUUAAACAGCACGGAAAUAUAUGAGAUGGAAAUACUGAAUCCCUUACAACCAUCAUCCUGCCACCCCAAAUAACCACUGUGAAUGGUUUGAUAAUCAAGCGAAACAAAGAUGAGCUUCAUCUGUGGACUGCAGUUUGCUGCUAGAAACUGUGUUUUCUUCCGAUUUAAUUUACUGACCAGCUGGAGAAAAUGUAACACACAAGCUGUAACCUCACUGGACUGUCAUCAAGUGAAAAUUAACAAUAUAGUAAAUAAGUCUCUGGGCCUGGGAGUAAAUCAGGGUGAUAGAUGGACAUUUUUGCCUGAAAACGUUCAUUUCUGUAGGACUUUUAAUAACAAAAGAACAGGCUGCCUCUUGAGCAUCAGAAGUAAGGAAACUUGGAUGAUUACCCAAAAAUGUACUGCGUGGAAUAACUCUUUCUCAAGACAGCUCCUGAUGAAAGACAUUCUAGUAGUUCCUGCGCUUUCAGUGGUGCAUCCUCUAAACUGUUUACCCACAAGAGACAUCAGGAGUUUCCAUACUUCUCCACGGUUUCAAGCUGCUCCGGUUCCUCUCUUGUUGAUGAUUCUUAAACCAGUGCAGAAGCUACUGGCUAUCAUUGUGGGCAGGGGCAUAAGGAAAUGGUGGCAGGCACUUCCUCCUAACAAGAAGGAACUAUUUAAAGAAAGUGUAAGGAAGAAUAAAUGGAAGUUAUUCCUUGGUUUGAGUAGUUUUGGAUUGCUUUUUGUAGUAUUUUAUUUUACACACCUGGAAGUGAGUCCAGUCACAGGAAGGAGCAAGCUUCUAUUACUGGGGAAAGAACAUUUCAGACUUUUAUCAGAACUGGAAUAUGAAGCAUGGAUGGAAGAAUUUAAAAAUGAUAUGCUAACUGAGAAAGACACCCGAUACAUGGCUGUUAAAGAAGUGGUUCAUCAUUUAAUUGAAUGCAAUAAAGACAUUCCAGGGAUCUCUGAGAUCAAUUGGAUAAUUCACGUGGUUGAUUCCCCAGAUAUAAAUGCCUUUGUGCUUCCAAACGGACAAGUGUUUAUCUUCACUGGGCUUUUAAAUAGUGUGACUGAUAUUCAUCAGCUGUCCUUCCUUCUGGGCCAUGAAAUAGCACAUGCAGUACUUGAACAUGCCGCAGAAAAGGCUAGCUUGGUUCAUUUCCUGGAUUUCCUAGGUCUGAUUUUUCUCACAAUGAUUUGGGCCAUUUGUCCUCGAGAUAGUUUGGCACUUUUGGGCCAGUGGAUUCAGUCUAAAUUGCAGGAGUUUAUGUUUGAUAGACCAUAUAGUAGAACACUGGAGGCUGAAGCUGACAAAAUUGGACUACAACUUGCUGCAAAGGCUUGUGUGGACGUCAGAGCCAGUUCAGUGUUUUGGCAACAGAUGGAAUUUGCAGAAAGCCUCCAUGGUCUUCCCAAGUUGCCAGAAUGGUUAUCUACACACCCUUCUCAUGGAAAUCGAGCUGAGCACUUGGAUAGACUCAUACCUCAGGAAACAAAGAGGGAAGAAAAAGUCUCUUGCCUUUUCGGCAGGUCCAGACUUUUCCCCGGACUCCCUCCCGGCUAGCCGUGGUGCACUAACCCCCUGCAGGCUGUGUUCUUGCCGCCAACCCCAGUCCUCUCCCUGCGCUCCGACCGAAGCCCGAUCCUCAGCUCCCAGCCCCACCCGCCCCGACAGGUGAGCAGACAAGCCUCUUGGGCUGGUGAAUGCCGGUCGGCACCGAUCCUCUGUGCGGGAAUCUCUCCGCUUUGCCCCCAGCACCCCUGUUGCUGUGCUCUCCGCCGCGGCUCUGAAGCUUCCCCCUCUGCCACCAGCAAUCUUCGCCCGCGAAGGGGCUUCCUAGUGUGUGGAAACCUUUCCUCCUUCACAACUCCCUCCCACUGGUGCAGGUCACGUCCCUAUCCUUUUGUCUCUGUUUAUUCUUUUUCCUUUUGCCCUACCCAGGUACGUGGGGGGUUUCUUGCCUUUUGGGAGGUCUGAGGUCUUCUGCCGGCAUUCAGUAGGUGUUCUGUAGGAGUUGUUCCACGUGUAGAUGUAUUUCUGGUGUAUCUGUGGGGAGGCAGGUGAUCUCCGUGUCUUACUCUUCCGCCAUCUUCCCCCUCUCCCCUAGUUGACUUUUCUUGAUGGUGAAGCUUUACUCUUUUUAGGUUCAUACUUUUUAAUUUUAAAAAAUUUGGUGAAAGUCUAAAACUCAAGGUGUAUUUUUCAUCAUACUGAUCAUAAUCUUUUCUUAGUGAUUUAAGCUUAUCAUUAAACACACCAGUUAAUGAGUUGUACAAAAAUUUUGGGUCAACUGGGUCUUAAUUCUAGUAGUGACACUGGAAUUUGUUUUCUUAGGGAAAAAAAAAAAUCCUUCAUUAUUAGUUUGCUUUCUGGUUAUUUCUUUUAAGAUAGAAUCAAGCAUGUGCCAUGUGCUCUUCUUUUUCUCUUUUAUUUUUGUAGAAUUCAUUAAUGUAUCAAGCUGAAGCAGCUUUCUCCCAACUAGUAUUCACUAUCUUCUAAAAACCUUUUGAUUUAACAUCAGUCGGAAUGUUUUCUGUGCUUUCCACAUAGGUACAAAAUGAAUGUCAGACAUCUUUAAGCCAGGCUACAUGCUCCCUUCUGUCUCACUGGCAUUAAAUUUGCUGGUUGGUUAUAAAAGCAGAAUAUUCUUUACCAAUUUAAGAAUUGGUUUUGGGCUUAUUUGCUAAAGGAUAACACAACAGAUACAGAUGUAUUAUAAAACU